AUGGCUGCAAACAGAUUGCAAGCUGAAGCACAGAGAAUGUCUUCAAACACACAGCAGGUCCGGUCCGCCUCGGGCGCAACCAAGAUCAAGGUCAAGAAUCCCAUCGUCGAGCUCGAUGGCGAUGAGAUGACCAGAAUAAUAUGGCAGGACAUCAAGGACAAGUUUAUUCAUCCUUACCUAGACGUUGACCUCAAGUACUACGACCUUGGUCUACCGUACCGAGAUGAGACGGACGAUAAAGUCACCGUUGAAGCUGCCGAGGCUAUCAAGAAGUACUCGGUUGGUGUCAAGUGCGCCACCAUUACACCAGAUGAAGAGCGAGUUAAAGAAUUCAACCUCAAGAAGAUGUGGCUGUCACCUAAUGGUACCAUCCGAAACAUCCUCGGUGGCACGGUCUUCCGCGAACCUAUCGUCAUUCCCCGAAUCCCUCGCCUGGUCCCUGGAUGGGAGAAAUCCAUCAUCAUUGGACGUCAUGCCUUCGGCGAUCAAUAUCGGGCAAAGGAUGAUGUGAUCAGAGAGGCAGGAACACUGGAAAUGGUGUUCACGCCCAAGAAUGGAGGGCAAGCCAAGACCAUCAAGGUCUUUGAUUUCCCCGAGGCUGGUGGUGUCGCACAGACUCAGUACAACACCACCGAAAGUAUUCAAGGUUUUGCCCAUGCUUCAUUCAAGUUUGCGCUUGACAAGGGCUGGCCUUUGUACAUGAGCACCAAGAACACGAUUCUCAAGGCUUAUGAUGGUCGCUUCAAAGAUAUCUUUCAAGAGAUUUAUGAGAGCGAGUACCGAAAGGAAUUCGAGGCAAAGAAGAUCUGGUACGAGCAUCGUCUGAUCGACGACAUGGUCGCACAGAUGAUCAAGUCCAGCGGCGGAUUUGUCAUUGCCAUGAAGAACUACGACGGUGAUGUGCAAUCUGAUAUCGUUGCUCAGGGUUUUGGUUCCCUCGGCCUCAUGACUUCCCAACUCAUCACCCCAGACGGCCUCACGUACGAAUCAGAAGCCGCACACGGUACGGUCACAAGACAUUACCGUGAACACCAAAAGGGCCGUGAGACCUCCACCAACCCCAUUGCAAGCAUCUUUGCCUGGACCAGAGGUCUCGUCAAACGCGGCUCGCUCGAUGACACCCCUGAGGUCGUCACUUGGGCAGAGAGCCUUGAGAAAGCCGUCAUCGACACAGUCAAUGAGGACGGCAUCAUGACCAAAGAUUUGGCUCUUGCUUGUGGCAAGAAGGAGCGUGAGGCCUGGGUCACGACCAGCCAAUUCAUGGAGGCCAUCGAGAAGCGAUUCAAGAAGAAUCUCGCUGCUGAGGGCUUGGAGGAUGUUGCCAAGAAGUGA